UUUUAUACUACUUCCGUUUGAGAAUCUGCCGCACCGAACGUCGUCAUCGAUAUCCGGUGUCGCUUCGUGUAACAUAAAGGUGCCGUUUCGUGUCCCCAGUCGUCUUCGCGCGGUGCGGCUGUCCGUUCAUCUAUGUACGGCUAAGGCGCAAAUGGCCGCCGAGUGGCCGACCUUAGCCGUCGUUUUUCUGCUCGCGUGCCUACUGCUGCCGAUCGGCGGCGACGGUGUCCGACCGCGGGACGACGACGGCCAGCAGCAGCCCUCGUGGUGCCAAAAAGAAGAAUGCAAGUGCGAGCAGGACGACGAAAACCGCUUGACCGUCAAGUGCGCAUUUUCUGGCGAAAAGGACGUGAUUUGGGAACCGGUCAAGAACCUGAACAAAUCUUUGGUGGUUCUAGAGUUUAAUGGCGACGGCCGAUGUAAUCUGACCAUUAACCACAGGGUGCUUGCGGCGUUCGCCGGUCUGCGGUCGUUCAACGUGACCGGGUUCGACCUGGUAACGAUCCGGUCGCAAGGCAUGCUCGCUAAGUAUGCUCGCACAAACUUCACGGUGAACAUCAGUCAUGUCCGACAGCUGUAUCUGGACACGAAUGCGUUUCAUCCCUACGAUGGUACGGCGGAAGUGCUAUUGGAGGACUGCGAUGUGGUCCGGCUGGGCAGCGAAGUGGUGUUUAAGCUUCGGUCUUUCGUGUUCCGCCGGAUCCGCGUUCUGGAAUUGUCUAAGAAUACGUUCAAGAACGCGGCCACAGGUUCAUCAAUCGAAAAGAUGAUAUUGGAAGACCUGAAUUCGGAAAAAUUGCCAUCGUACGCAUUCUGUACGUCCAUCGAUAUGUUGUCAAUUACCAAUUGUACGUUCGGUACGAUCGAGCGGAGAGCGUUUCCGAUCAAUGACAUUGGCAACGCGACGCUGACCAACGUCACCGUGGACCAUUUGGAGAGCGAAGCGUUCCAAAGUUCGACGCUGAUCUCUAACCUGCGGAUGUACAGAUGCGUCAUCCAGGAAAUGCAGAGCGACUCUAUUAUGUCCGUUGUGCAGAGCAUAAUCAUCGAACAGUCCAAGUUCGGAUCGGUGCAAACGUCGGCCGUGGCGGUGGCCACACAGCUCGAGUUGUAUGGCAACAGUUUCACGCGGGUGGCCAGCCGUGGGUUCGUGCUGCACAACUUUCACGUGUUGCUGGUGCACGGCAACACGUUCGAAGAGAUCGAGGCCGAGGCGUUUUACGAGACGAUCGCAUCCAGCCCGGAAACGAGGUCCACCACGCAGGCGACGUUGCGCGUCUGCGACAACAGUUUCCUGCAGUCUUCGGCUAACGGAAAGUGGUCACCACCGAUUCGGCUGCAGAGGGCCGCGUCCGAGACGAACAUCACCGGGAACAUGUUCGUCGGGCCGUGUGGCUGCGGCCCAUGGCAAUUCGUAGCCGUGGCCAACAGCACCGCGGCCGACGACAAUGACGACGACGGCGACGAUUACGGCGACACCGAGUUCACCGACCUCAACUAUUGCCGGGUGAACGUGGUGGGAGCGGAGUGUGCCAACCUGACGGCCGUGGACGUUGACCGCAUGCGAAUUUCGGAGUUCGCGGUGGCGGCCGGAUGCGACCAGGAUGACGGGUCGACGUUCAACUGGUGUGUCCGGAACCGGUUGGCCGCGGUGAAAACUGUUGGCACUGGCCGUUUUCCACCGAUCGACUUUCUGUCACCGACCGCGGAACGAGGAGUCAUCACCACGGUGGUGCUGUUGGUGCUGUGCGGUUUCGGUGCAGUGUGCGCGGUAAGCGCCGUCACAUGGCUCAACGCCCGAGGCUAUUUCAUAAAGCUCCGGUCACUGCUCACCCCGAAUUCCCACGGUAGCGGUGGCGGCGCCGGUACGGCGUGCAGGACUAUUUCAGCGCACUCGCUGUCCCGAAUGUCCGUGCACGAGUACGCGGAACUGCAACGGCUCAAAUUGGGCGGUGGCAGUUGUGGUAGCGACGUUGGCGCAGUGAGGGUGAUCGUGUACCAAGACAAGGGCACGCAGACGGUUCCGGAAGAGCUGACGCACGAGAUGUUGCAGAACUUGCGCGACAAACUGGACGACCCGAACGACUAUGCCGAGGCGCGAGGCAUAAUCGAACACCUUUACGACCUGAUCCGAGUAGAGGAGACUUGCUGCGGUGACAGCGGCGUCGGCGGCUGGUACUCGCCCGUCGGAGAAAGGCUGGAUGACAUGACGUCCACCGUCAUGACCAAGGCGGUGACCGCGGACGACGGGCUGCCACGGGACGUCAAAUCGGUUGGCACGGGUGCGCCAUCCCUGGACAGACUACGGACGCCCAGGAUCAAUAUGGCCGGCGCGGCAGGACAACACGCUCGCCGGCCGCAACCACCGCCGUCUCCGUCGCCGUCAGUCAACAGUGAUUACGUGGACCCAGUGGACUUGUUGUACGGUGGUGUAGGUAAUGUGCGCGACGACGAAUCGUACACGGACAUCUACUGCGAAUUGACCGACUUGCGAUCGACCGCGGAAGAACGUCCGCCGCCACCGGAACCGCCUCAGCAACCCCCGCCGGUGCCCGACAAACCUAUUCCCGUUUGAAAGUCCAUUGCUACCAAUCACAUUCUCGUCGGCAUUCAACUACAAACCUAUACUAUUCCUAUCGAUCGAUUUCGUCGGCUUCAGUCGUUUCUCGUUUUCGUAUGGGCGAUUUACAUACGAUAAAAAUUAUUUUGUAUCAUCGAAUGGAUGUUUUUUUUUUUUUUAUAAUUUUUCUUACCUAGCCAACCCCGCACAGUCGCCAAAAUCCAUCUGGCGAAAUAUAUUAAAGAAAGAUACUCGCCCCGAGAAAUGCGUUAUUUUGUACAAACCUAUUAUUAUUAAUAUUAUUGCUAUGAUUAUUAUUAUUAUUAUUAUUAUCAUUAUUAUUAUUAUAGCGUGUCCACAGUUUAUAUGUAUAUCUGUUUAAAAUAUUUACAAUUACAUCACGAUAUUUUAUGUGAUGCUUAUUAUUCUAUCCUGUUUCAGUUUUUUUUUUUUUUUUUAUUGUUGUUUUACGUGUCAUGUAUAUAACUGAAUGGUUAUUUUUAUUGUGAACUGUCUCUUAUAUAUCCAAAUACAUGAGAGAUUCUAUAUAUUCUAUAUAUAUUUGUAUAUAUUUUUUUUUAAUUUCAAAAUAAUUACUAUCAUACGAGUAGUUAAUCAUAAAAAAAUGCAAAAUAGUAUCAUUCUUAAACGUUUAAAUUAAAUUAUUAAAAAUUUCCCAUACCCCCACUUUAAUCACCCAAUACCACAAUAUUGUCCAGUUCACGAUAAAAAGUAAUUCUUAAUAAUAUAUUAUAUAAAUAAUAAAUGUGUACAUACAUUAAAUUUAAUACACAUA